CCCGAAAUGGUUGCUAUAAAUAAUUAAAGUGUGAGCCCUCAAUUUUUCAGAAGCACAAACGGAAAUGGGGAAACCACACGUUGUGGUAAUCCCUUAUCCAGCACAAGGCCAUGUUAUUCCUCUCAUGGAACUCUCCCAAAACUUAGCCAAACAAGGCAUCAAAAUCAGCUUUGUUAACACAGUGUUUAAUCACAAGAGGGUCCUGGAUGCAUUCGGCGUGGAUGAAAAUGGCUUACUUCAUCUACUUUCAGUCCCCGAUGGACUGGAAGAUGGGGAAGAUAGGAAUCAGUUAGGGAAGUUAACUGAAAGUUUAUGCCAGGUUAUUCCUACUCAACUCAAGGAGCUCAUUCAUAAGGUUAAUGGAUCAAAUGAUGAUAAGAUUUCAUGUGUUUUAGCUGAUAUUAGCAUGGGGUUGGCUCUUGAUGUUGCGGCGGAGUUGGGGAUUCCUACAGUGGGCUUGUGGCCGGCUGCGGUGCUUCAACUGGCGGUGUUGCUUAGGGUCCCCAAACUUAUUGAUGAUGGACUGAUAGAUGAAAAUGGUAAGACGUACCAAGAUGGCACUCCACUCAUGAAACAUAAGAUGAUUCAGUUGUCACCAAUGACGCCUUCUAUACACCCAAUGAAUUUGAUAUGGCUUAACCUUGAUGACUCUCCUUCAACCCAAAAAAUUAUGUUUGAUUUUCUACUUAGGAACAACAAAGUUGUUGAAACAACAGAUUGGGUACUUUGCAACUCAAGUUUGGAAUUAGAGCUUCAAGGGUUCAACUUAGUUCCCAAAGUCUUACCCAUAGGCCCAUUUUUAGCCACCAAUCGGCUCGGAAACUUGUCGGGGAAUUUUUGGCUCGAGGAUCCAACUUGUUUACAGUGGCUCGAUCAACAGUCACCUGGUUCAGUCAUAUAUGUCGCAUUUGGUAGUUUCACAGUUUUUGACCAAAUCCAGUUUCAAGAGUUAGCUUUGGGGCUUGAAAUCACCGAAAGACCAUUCCUUUGGGUUGUAAGAGAAGAUAUUACAAAAGGAAAACACCAUAACUACCCUAAAGGGUUUAAUGAAAGAGUUGGCAAUCAAUGUAGGAUAGUAAGUUGGGCACCACAAGCAGCAGUUUUGGGUCAUUCUUCCAUUGCAUGCUUUAUAAGUCACUGUGGGUGGAAUUCCACCAUGGAAGGUGUAAGCAAUGGGGUGCCUUUCUUGUGUUGGCCUUACUUUGCUGAUCAGUUCCUGAAUGAAAGCUACAUUUCUGAUAUUUGGAAGAUUGGAUUAAAACUCCAAAAGGAUGAAGGAGGUAUCAUUAGAAAAGAAGAAAUUAAAAGCAAAGUGGAACAAUUGGUUGGUGAUGAAAAUUUCAAAACAAGAGCUAUUGAACUGAAGCAAAUGGUUACCAAAAGUGUAGGUGAUGGUGGAAGUUCUGAUAAGGUAUUCAAGAACUUUGUUCAAUGGUUGAAAUCAUAGAUCACUUCUUUACAUUUCGUUUUCUUGUUGAAGUUGAUUUAUUAGGGUUGUUCUAGUAUGUUAAUUUGAUUUCGUCCCUUCAAUUUAAGUUUCGAUUAAAAUAAUGAAUUUAAAAAUUAAGUCAA